UUCAAGACAAAGUUUCCUUUGAAAUGGCAUAGCGUUGCAAACGUUUUCUGGAUUCCUCAAUCGCGCAGUCUCAUUUCCAUCGAUUUCCCAGCUGUGUGUAUUUCCUUUACGAUAAAAUAAAAACCAAACAGCUGCAGCACACCGAAAAAAAUAUUUUCGAGCAUGUUAUCAUAUGCACUGUUUUUAGUUUGCUUUUUAAGUUCCACAACAUAUUUACAAAGCACGAAACAGAAAGUUAUUGCAACGGACAUAGAUUUGCAAACGUGUGUUACGAAUUUUGAUGUCCACACCGAUAAAAUAAUUCGAACCCAGGAUUCUCGAAACAUGGGAGCGAAAUAUUUAAAUGAAAUGGAUUUGGAUUCGAGGGAGGAAUGUCUCAGGUUGUGUUGUGAAACUGAAAAUUGUGAUGUAUUUGUGUUUGAGGAAAAAAGUACCGGAAGUUGUUAUCUGUUUGAGUGUGGACCUCCAGAAGACUUCAAAUGUAAAUUUACUCACCACGCUAAUUACACUAGCGCCGUGCUUGCUGUUAGCAGACGUAUGUCAAACUUGGAGAAUCAGAUUAAGUUGACUAAACAUGAAAACGACCUUACAAAACUAAGGGUUCCUGAAGUACAUGACCUUAAAAAAGCAUCGAAUGUCCAAAUAGCAUCAUCUGCUGUACUCACUACAGUGCAACCAAAAAUUCUGGCGACACUGACCACUAAAAUAAAUAAACAAGAAAAGGUCAGGAAAUGCAGUCGAUACCAAUUUGAAUGUAAAUCAAGUGGCGAAUGCAUUGCUAUUUACAAUGCAUGUGAUGGAAUUACGCAAUGUACGGAUGGUAGUGACGAAGGUCCAGAAAUGAAUUGUCCUGAAUUAACAAGCACUACUUUGAAGCCAUCCUUGCCUCAGACAAUUCACGAUAUUAAUAAUCAGAUGGAAGAAAGACGGGAACCUCCUUCAUUUUCCCAGCAGCAAUAUCAUGGUUCAUAUCCCAAACAAGCAAUCCAGAUCCCUAAUCAAGAAUAUAAUUCUGAGGGUGACUUUUUAAGACCAGUGUCAGUGUAUAGCGUUAAAAAUUCAGAGCAUCAAGCUGCUCCUUAUGAUAGCAGUAGGCGUUCAGGUUAUCUGAAUAAUCCCGUUGAAAAUCCAAACGGUUGGAUUUCGCAUUCUACAAAUUUAGGCAUUCGAGGAAAAAACGGAGGACCUCUUAAUCGUUUAGAAAAUGAUGGAAGGAUAUCCCAAGGACAACAAUCAGGUCAGGUACAUUACGGAUCCUACCAGAGCCGGACUGACCAUGAUAAUCACAGAAUUCAAUCAUCGCAAGAUCACCCGUUAAUUUCAUCCCCACAAAGGGAUCAUGCUGAUGAGCCACAAGAAUCUGAAAAGUUAGCCCACGAUCUCAAAAACUCUAAACAUUUUAUGAAGAUUGAUGAUAAACCAAAAGAAGUUACGAAAGAGAAAGUUUCAGUUACCGAAGUUGAGCAUCCUUACAAAUCAGACAAAGAUUUCGUCGAAACUGCAAAGUACAUAAUGAAGGAUUCUGAUUCAGAUGAACUUGAAGAUGGAAUUGCUCAAACUCCGAGUGGAGCAGCACUUUCUCUAACAUUAGGUUUGAUCAUUACAUGUGUAAUGGCUGUUUUAAUUGCAUGUAGAUUAAGAGUCGUGCGUCGAAGAAUAAGAAAAGGUGGAAAAGGAUACGCGCAUGAUGCGGAUUAUCUUGUAAAUGGAAUGUAUUUAUAAUUAAUUUUUUCUUAUGUAGAUUUCAAUAAUGUAGAGAAAAUUAUAUACCUAAUUCCGUGGAAAGUACGUAGUAGUUGACUAAAUUGAAAUGCGUAUAAAGUUAAUUUAAAGAAAACAGCAGUUAAGAGUAGAAUUAAAAAAUCGUGUACUUACCUAGAGGUAAUUUUAUAACUUUUGUAAACGCAAGUAAAAAUAUCGUUGUAUUGUAGAUUCAAGAGAAAAGUAGAUUUAAAAAACAUUUAAUUGCAAUGAAAUCCUUCUCUAAUAGGAAAUUCUGUUGCUAUUACCAUAUGUACUUUCUUAUUUUAAAUUGCGUACGUACCUAUUUCACAUAAGCUAAUUUAAGGUACUAACGGCUAAGCUAACACUAGAGAAACUACAAUUUUCUAUUUUUAUAUUUUUUGUGAUUUUGAUUAUAUUUUAUUUUUUUUGUAACUUUUAGGUGGUACUUAGCUUUCCAUUAGGCACAUUUUAAUAUACCAUAUAAUAAUGCCACUAGUUAUAAAUUUUAUCACUAAUUAUAUGCAAAGUGUACAUUAAUAACUUCAAAAAAAUACUGAGCGAUGUUAUUUUGUAAUUUCAUUAGUACAUUAACAGUGACAUAAUGAAGUUACUGAUGUAUCAUGAAAGUAGCUCGAAAUGUUAGUGACUAAAUUUUAAUAUUACCUACAUGUCUUUCUGGUGAAACUUUUUCGUAGUUUAAGUUGCCAGGAUCACUAUUAGUUUAUUAGAGUGCUGGUCAGUUUCCGCAACGUUAAUUAUUUUCUUACAAAACUAUUUUUUGAACAGAUGUCAGAUUUUUUUUUAAAAAGUUUAUAUUCUGUAGCUGUUAUGAUGAUGUUUUCGAGUCUUAGUGUUUUUGACUUUAACAAUAAUCUAUUAUAUAAUUAUGCAGUUUUGCAGUAUAUAUAUACAUAUAGUCGAUUUUAAUAAACCUAAGAAAAAAUACGGUGCUAGGUGUGUGCGUUCUCUAAUAUGAAAAUUUCGACCUGGUUGUCAAAAUUAAUCAACAAAUCUAAGAUGUAAUCGGUACGUAUAUUGACUAGUACUUACUUUAUUCAUCUACUGUCGGUUGUUCAUAUAAAAGUGUGUAUCAUACAUUUGAGGAGGAACACAUUCAAGGCAAGGUGAGGUAGAACGAAUCUACUGUGAACGAGCAAAUGAGUUAGUUCAACGUUACAAUUUAUUUAAAAGCAGUCGUGAAGCCCCGCUUCAAUUUAUCUCAAGUAGGGUUUGUCGGUUUUUAAAAACCGGUUUUUGGGAGAAAAUUAUGAAAUUCGAAAACCGGUUUUUUAGU